UUUAGAAAUCAAAUAAAUAAAUAUGUAAAUUAUCACAAAACUUCAAAACUCUCGGGAAAAAAACCUCUAAAUUUUCAUCAGAAUAGUCAGCAGUUAUUCCUCUGUCAACUGACUGAUGGACCGUUGUGCUGCGAUGAAUCAGCUAAUCAUUGCAGCUGAACUUGUAAGAACAGUCUGGUCAUUUAUUUUCUAACACAACAUUACCUGUUAUACAUUAGUAUAAUAUUACACAUAUACUUUUACAUGCAAUAAAGUUCCCUAUUUCUGCUUUAUUCUGAUUCUGAAAAGGUUCUCUCAGUGUUUUACUCGUGAUUCAGCUGCAGAAAAGUUUUGUUUCAGGGACAGUUUUAACUUUCCUUCUCACAAGUUUGCUGUGUGAAUUUAAAUCAGUAGAAACAAAGAAUUAACAGAAGAGAGGUGAUUAUACUGUUAUUUUUCAUUUACAGUCUGAGGCUUCCUCAUAUCACAGAAACCUUUCUGUCUGCAGCAGAUUUGAUCUGGAAAUCAAACACGCGGUCAAACCUUCAGCAACACGCGUCAAACUGAUAUUAGUAUGAUAUCUAUAUUUUAUUUUUAUAUUUAUUAUUAAAAUAUUAUGUUUUUAAAUGUGAGACAAACGAGUUUACGAGCCGGGUUUCUCCUCUUCAAACACCAGAGACUUCACCUCCAUAAAUAUCCUCACAUGUCACAACAUUACACACCUCAGAGACACACCAGCGUUUUUAACGCUGCCCACUAUCACGUCCUGUUGACUCACACAGAAAAUCAGAAACACCAUCAGUAAAACGGACUCCACUCAACAGCACCACAAACACAAUGAAGAUCUCAGCCUCAGUGAAAAAUAAUUAUAAUAGUUAACAGGCUGCAGCUGUAUUUUUGUCAUGUUUCAGUAUAAAGUAUCCACUAAGUACCACCGAAGUGCGAUGAAAAACACAACAAAAUCUCAGUCACACGAGCUCACUGAAACUGAAGUGUUGGGUUGGACAAGCAUACUUGGAAGGGUUAAAUCUGUCUGGAGUGUCUGCAAAGCAAAAGUCUGCGGGCGUUACACUGUGAGAGUGAAUGAAUUAUUUUAGACAAUCGGAUGUUUGAAUCCUAUUUUUCAGUUUUGAUAAAACAUUGUUUACUCUUUCAAAACGUGAUUUAACUUUUUCAGAUGUUAUUUCAUUUACUCAUAACCACAAAGGCUUUUAUUUUGAAAGAUAUGUUGCAUGUUACACAUCUGGUUGUUCCUACUUUGACACUCAUGAACCGGUUUAGUUUCACUUUCAGACUGUGUCGUUUCUAAACUGGACCAAAUGGACUCUUCACUGGUGUUACUGGUUGUGGGUCACCUCUUCCACACAGCAAAUGCAGCUCUCCAUGAAGGAACGAUGUUUUAUGGCUGCUCUGGGUCUGGUGCUGGUCAGGUGCAGUUACACUGGGAUGGAGACCAGCUUGGAUAUGCUGACUUCAAGGAAAGACGAGCCAUUUGGACAGCGCCGCUGCUCGAGGAGCUUGAAAGUGUCUUUUUCUCUGGAUUUUACACGCUGGCUCUGAUUAGCAAGGAGAGAGUCUGUAAAUUCUAUCUCGCUAAAGCUGUGCAGAUCGACAAGAGUCCCACUGAAGAAAAAGCCCCGACACUGCUGGUGUAUCCCAGGGAGGAGGCAGAGCAGGGGGAGGAGAACACCCUCUACUGUUACAUCCGUCACUUUUACCCCCCUUUCAUCAACGUCACGUGGACCAGAAACGGUGCUGAGGUGACAGACGGUGCAGCUCUCAGCAACCUCUACCCUGAGACGGACGGGACCGUCAGCCAGCUGGCCAGUCUGUCUUUUCGUCCACGCACAGACGAUGUGCUGGACUGCAGCGUGCAGCAUCAGGCUCUGAGCCGCCCUGCCAGCACCACAUGGGAAAACAACGGCAGAACGAGUCCAGAGCUGGUUUCCAGUCUGACCAGUCCAGACGGAUGUGUGGCCGCCAUGCCUGAAGUCCAGCAACGUCAUCGAGGCCAGUUCUAGGCAUGGGCACGAGGGGGUUUUAUGGCGUUUUUUAGAUGUUGGGAUGGUUCUCAGACUUUAGGACGUUUGUAGGAUUUUAGGACAUUUCUGUGAUUUUGGGACAUUUGGGUCUUUAGCCCUGGCAUCCCGGAUCAGGCUGCUGCACUGGACAGGUGGACCUUGUUAGGAGCCUCUAUGACACAAUUCAAAAAAAUCACUGAGAUGAUGCCAUCAGCAGCAACAUGUCCAAACAACCAGCUGGUGAUUUUAA